UUGCUACUGCCUGCGGACUGCGGAGCCACUGUCGUACAAAAUGGAUAUCAGAAACUUUUUUGGUGGGCAAACGUCCACACGGACAAAAUUGACUGAAUCCCAGAAGCCAAUAUCAGUGCGAGACGAGACGAGGAAAAGAUCUAGCAAAAGAAAACAGGUGGAGAGCUCAGACGAAGACAUUAAAAAGAAGUCAAGAUCAAAGAAGAGGGUAAUUAUAGAGUCUGAAUCAGAUGACGAAGACCCAUUGCCCAAGAAGAAUGUGAAACGCUUAACCAGGAAAACCAAAAAACAGCAAGUUGUGAUUGUAUCUGACACGGGUUCAGAUGAUGAAGAUCCAUUGCCUAAAAAGCCCACCUCAAACACAAGACAGUCAAGCAAGAAUACCAGAAGCAAACCAGCUGUGCUUGCAUCUGGCUCAGAUGAUGAUGAGGAAUUUGAAUCAACAAAGAAAUCCAGAAGUAGGUGGAAAUCGCCACGUAAAUCUCCAAUCAAAGGUCAGGGUACGAUAGAUCAGUUUGUCUCUCCUAAGAAGAAAGAUGUCGCCAAGAAAAAGCAGAAAACUCCGGCCAAGUCGAAACCUAUCUCUGUCGCUGAUUUCUUUGGUGCAGCAUCUGUGACAAGGUCAAGUAAACCUGUAGUGGCAGCAAAGAAAAAAGAGUCUAAAGUUGACAUGAAGAAAAAUGACGGCUCACAUCAUAAUGUUGAUGAAUUAGAGAUCCAUGAUGAUAGUGACUUUGAGGAAACUUUAAUUGUAAUUGACUCCGACGCAAAGAAACCAAAAAAGCCCCAAGUAGAGCAGUAUGUGAGGUCACGAGUCAGUCCACGCAAGGAUAUAUCGACGACUUCUACAGGUACUGGUAUUGCAGUGGAUGAUGUCCAGAACAAGGCAGAAUCACUACCUAAACCGGUACAAACACUAUCCAAAACUCCUGUAAAUGGAGACAGAAGGCAUGAUGUGUUGCCCUUGAAGAUUCCACUAAUAAAAACUGUCAAGGAUGAAGGUACAUCUCAACAGAAAAUUAGCCCAAGGAAAAGGACAACGGAUGAGAGGUCAAAGUCACCUCCUCCAAAGCAGGCCAUGGAGGAGCAGUCAAUGUCACCAACUUCUCGGAGAAUUAGCCCAAGGAAACAGGCAAUUAGUGCACAGUCUGACUCGCCUGUUCAUCAUCGGAGAAUCAGCCCAAGGAAACAAACAGCAGAUGAACGAUCAAGGUCACCGACUCCUGUCACUGAUGCCACAAAGUUAGCGAAAAAGCAAAGUAUAGCUGGUAAGCUAGCACACAAGGCACGGGUAAAUACUAAGGAAGCAAUAGGCCGUAACGCUCCAGAAAAGAAAAUAGAUGUCACAGCAAAGCCUUCUACUCCUGUGAAAGUCCUUGUAGAAGACACCCCGCCAAAAUCAGCAGAGACAUCUGGAGUUAAGCCGUCAAAUGAGCCUGGCGAGAAUAAGACCCCAUCUGGUUACAAGGCAUAUCUAAAGCGAGAAGGUCCAAAACAUCUUGGUGCCAAAGAACUGCCAAUGGGUGGGGAGAACUGCUUGGAAGGUCUCACGUUCGUCAUCAGCGGUGUGUUGGAUUCCUUGGAGCGCGAUACAGCGAAGGAGCUGGUGGAACGACACGGUGGGAAAGUGACGACCAGUGUUAGUGGCAGGACGAGCUACAUCGUUCUCGGCGAAGAGCCAGGAGAGAGCAAGCUUGCUAAGGCUCAGAAAUGCGGCACAAAGCAGCUAGAUGAGGAUGGCUUGUUGGACCUUAUACGAACCUUGCCUGCUAAGCGUUCCAAGUAUGAACAUUCCCCAUCGCCUAAACCCAAGGUUGAAGUAUCUAAACCAUCUUCAAGGGCGAUAUUGCCUAAUAAGUCGCAACAGUCUUCAUCGCAGGAAUGUCACAGCCAAUCGCAGCCGAGUAGCAGUCAGUCAGCAUCCAGCCUUCUGUGGGUAGACAAGUACAAGCCCAAGAAACUGAGUGAAAUUGUCGGUCAGUCAGGUGACAAAAGCAACGUGAAGAAACUCGUCAACUGGCUAAAAAACUGGCACAAGAAUCACUUGAGUGGAGCACCUAAAAAGGCAGCAUGGGGUCGAUUUGGUGCUAGUGAUGAUGGUUCCAGCUUUAAAGCUGCACUUUUGUCAGGACCUCCUGGUGUUGGCAAAACUACAGCUGCAACACUUAUUUGUAAGGAACUAGGUUUUAACUAUGUGGAACGCAAUGCUUCGGAUACACGCAGCAAAAAGCUACUGAAGGAAGUGGUGACACAAAGUGUUGACAACAACACGGUCACAGCAUACUUUACUGGUGGUCCAAGUGACAAGAAUGUUCUUAUCAUGGAUGAAGUCGAUGGAAUGGCUGGGAACGAAGACAGAGGUGGUUUAACUGAGCUGAUUUCGCUAAUCAAGUCUUCAAAAAUACCAGUUAUCUGUAUCUGCAAUGAUCGACACAACAUGAAGAUGCGAAGCUUGGUGAACUACUGCUAUGACCUAAGGUUCUACCGGCCUCGUGUCGAGCAGAUUAAGGGAGCACUGAUGAGCAUAGCAUUCAAGGAAGGUGUCAAGAUUUCUCCUCCAGCACUGGAGCAGAUAAUACAGGCUUCUAACCAAGACAUCAGACAGGUUAUUCACAACUUGUCGAUGUGGAGUGCUGCAGAAAAAUCACUUACGUAUGACCAGGUGAAGGUGGAUUCUAGCAAGGCAAAGAAGGACAUUAAACUGGGUCCAUUUGAUGUCUGCAGGAAGGUGUUCGUUGGUGGAGAGGAAACAGCUCAUAUGACUAUAAACGACAAGUCCGAUUUGUUUUUCCACGACUACAGCAUCGGCCCUCUUUUUGUACAGGAGAAUUAUCUACAUGUGACGCCAUAUGAAGCAAAGGGUAACAAAAAAAGGCACAUGGCAUUACUGAGUGAGGCAGCAGACAGCAUUCGUGAUGGGGAUAUUGUAGACAAGAUGAUUCGCAAGCAUAAUGAAUGGAGUCUUCUGCCUACAGAGGCAAUGUUUGCAAGUGUUAUACCCGGAGAGAAUAUGAGAGGGUAUGUCGGACAAAUGGUCACCUUUCCAGGAUGGCUCGGUAAAAACUCGACAACCAGCAAGAUAUCUCGCCUGAUACAGGAUCUUCACAUGCACAUGCAUCUCAGGAUAUCAGGAGACAAGUCAAGUCUGGGACGGGAUUAUCUGCCACACAUAAGACACAACCUGACUCAGCCACUGAUAACAAAGGGCAGCGAUGGCAUCGCGGAAGUGAUGACAGUAAUGGACAAUUACUGCCUGCUAAGAGAGGACAUUGAUUCGAUCAUGGAAGUCACACAGUGGCCAGGCUCUAGGGACCCCAUGAGCCAAAUAAACCCUAAGGUCAAGGGAGCUUUUACAAGAACUUACAACAAGGAGGUGCACCUCAACCCCUACUCUAUCACUAGUGUUACAAACGGGAAGAGGGGGAAAACAAGAGGAGGUGGUGCUGAGGGAGAGCUGGAUCUCUUGGGAGGGGAAGGAGAGGUGGCACCAGACAGUGAGCACAGUGAGGAGGAAGGUGUAACUGCAGAUGCAAUGAUCAAACAGUCUAAAGCAAAGGUAGCUGCAGGUAGCAAGAGGAAGGCAGGAGUGACUGCUUCAAAAUCUGAAAAAGCAAAGGGUGGCAAGACACAUGGAUCCCAGGGCACUAGUAAAGCACGGGGAAAAGGUCGGACUAAAUAAAGGACUUGUUUGUAGAACGCAGGAUGCUCGUGCAAGAGAUAUGUGGUUAUUCUUUGACAUUUCUGCAUAUUAGACUAAGUUGCAACAUCGUGCAAGUAUAUUGUAUAGUUUCGUUGUAAUUGUGCUCAGAUAUUCAUGGGUAGAAAUUAACUUUUGAACAAGGGAGUCCAACGGACUCCCUGCUCUCAAAAAGAGGGAGUCCGCGGCAAAA